AAAAAAAAAAACAUUGAACUUAGCCGUGUAUAUCCUUUUAUUCUUAAAAAUUAUAUUUAGUAGCCUUUGCUGUCCUAUCCUAACUAAUAAUUGCUCUGGUCUCUGCAAUAAGUUCAGAAGGGGACCCAUUGAAGGAGUUAAGAACAACACCCCCAUAUCAAGUUAUUGUCCUUAGGAGAAAACAGGAGACUGAAUCCUGACACUGAAGAAGAAGCACUAGACAUACGAAGGGUAGUAUUUUCUUUUUUCUUCACAAAGAUUUGAUUGGCUGAGGCUUUUCUUAUAUUAUCCUCCAGAAAAAAAGGAAGUCUUUUUACAGACAAGGAGGCCCUUUUUGAAGUGGGUAUUCGAGGGGAUAUGGAAGAAGAAGAUCGGAUUGAAGAGAGUAGCCGCGUGAGACUGAGGGGUAGAACUUUCAGUGGUGGAGGGGUGAACGAGUCAAGGUGGGUGGAUGGUAGUGAGGUGGACUCAGAGUCACCUCCUUUGUCAUUGUUUGAUGAUAACGAAGCCAAAGAAGGGUAUGGAUCUUUGAGGAGGAGACUGGUUAAGAAGCCCAAAAGAGUUGAUUCAUUUGAUGUUGAAGCCAUGGAGAUUGCUGGUACUCAUGGUCACCACCCUAAGGACAUAUCCACUUGGCGCACUCUUGCAUUGGCCUUUCAAACACUCGGGGUUGUGUAUGGUGACAUGGGCACAAGCCCUUUGUAUGUUUUCAGUGAUGUCUUCAGCAAAGUUAAAAUAGAAUCAGAAGUGGAUAUCUUGGGUGCUUUAUCACUGGUGAUGUAUACAAUAGCUCUACUCCCCUUGGUAAAAUACGUGUUUGUAGUGCUUAAAGCCAAUGAUAAUGGGGAGGGGGGAACCUUUGCUUUGUACUCACUGAUUUGCAGGUAUGCGAAGGUCAACAUGCUGCCAAAUCGUCAACCGGCAGAUGAACAGAUAUCAAGUUUUAGGCUCAAACUGCCUACUCCAGAGUUAGAAAGGGCUUUAAGCAUAAAAGAGACUUUGGAAAGGAGAUCAUCCUUGAAGACCCUCCUGUUGCUAUUGGUCUUGAUGGGAACUUCCAUGGUCAUAGGGGAUGGUAUUCUGACCCCCGCAAUAUCAGUUAUGUCUGCUGUAAGUGGUCUUCAGGGUGCAGUAAAAGGCUUUGAUACAACUGCGGUGGUUGUUUUUUCAAUUGUAAUCCUUGUGGCAUUGUUCAGCAUACAACAGUUUGGAACCAGUAAAGUUGGUUUCUCGUUUGCUCCCGCUCUUGCUUUGUGGUUCUUCUCUCUGGGUUCAAUAGGAAUUUACAAUCUAGUGAAGUAUGAUAUUACAGUUAUCAAGGCAGUCAAUCCAGCUUAUAUUUAUUUUUUCUUCAAGAAGAACAGCAAAGAUGCAUGGUCUGCUCUUGGAGGUUGCAUUCUGUGCAUUACAGGAGCUGAAGCGAUGUUUGCUGAUUUAGGGCAUUUCUCUGUACCAGCCAUACAGAUUGCCUUUACCUUUGUAGUGUUUCCCUGUCUUCUCCUCGCAUACAUGGGCCAGGCUGCGUUUCUAAUGAAAUACCCUGAGUCUUCAGAUAGAAUUUUCUAUGAUUCUGUUCCAGAGAGCCUUUUCUGGCCAGUUUUCGUGAUAGCUACUCUUGCUGCUAUGAUUGCUAGCCAAGCAAUGAUAUCUGCUACAUUUUCAUGUGUCAAGCAGUCUAUGGCUCUUGGUUGCUUCCCAAGAAUGAAGAUAAUUCACACCUCGAGGAAACUGAUGGGCCAAAUUUAUAUCCCUGUGAUAAAUUGGUUUUUGAUGAUCAUGUGUGUAGUUGUUGUUUCCAUCUUCCGCAGUACCACUGAUAUCGCCAAUGCAUAUGGCAUAGCUGAAGUUGGUGUUAUGUUGGUCACGACCACAUUGGUGACACUUGUAAUGCUUUUAAUAUGGCAGACCAAUUUGUUUAUGGCUUUGUGCUUUCCGCUCGUAUUUGGAUCAAUAGAGCUUAUCUACUUCUCUGCUGUUCUUUCCAAAGUCUUAGAGGGAGGUUGGCUUCCACUCGUUUUUGCUAGUUUCUUUCUCUCUGUGAUGUACAUUUGGAACUAUGGCAGUGUGUUGAAGUACCAGAGUGAGGUCAGAGAGAAAAUAUCCAUGGACUUCAUGCUUGAACUCGGCUCUACACUUGGGACUGUGAGAACUCCGGGGAUUGGUUUGUUAUACAAUGAGCUUGUACAUGGCAUUCCCUCGAUAUUCGGGCAGUUUCUACUUAGCCUGCCUGCCAUCCAUUCUACUAUUGUGUUUGUUUGCAUCAAAUACGUCCCUAUUCCUGUGGUCCCACAGGAGGAGAGAUUUCUUUUCCGAAGAGUUUGCCCGAAAGACUAUCAUAUGUUUAGGUGUAUUGCUAGAUAUGGUUACAAAGAUAUACGAAAGGAGGAUCAUCAUGCAUUUGAGCAACUUUUGGUUCAAAGCCUCGAGAAUUUCUUGCGAAAAGAAGCUCAAGAGCUUGCCUUGGAGAGUGGUUUGCAGGAAAUGGAUCUUGAUAGUGUUUCGGUGAGCUCAAGGGAUUACAGUACCAGGGAUGUUCCUGAUAAUGAGGAGCUUAAAGUCCCAUUGAUGCUUGGCACGAGAUCAGAAGAAGCAGAAACAUCCAACUCAGAAGCUGCUUCAGCAGCGUUGCCUUCUAGCAUCAUGUCAUCAGAAAUAGAUCCAAGUUUGGAAUAUGAGCUUUCAGCAUUGCGAGAAGCAAUCGAUUCUGGGUUUACAUAUUUCCUGGCACAUGGAGAUGUGAGAGCCAAAAAGAACUCAUUUUUCCUCAAGAAACUCGUCAUAAACUACCUCUAUGCAUUCCUAAGGAGAAACUGUCGAGCCGGGGCCGCAAAUAUGAGCGUACCGCACAUGAAUAUCUUGCAGGUAGGUAUGACAUACAUGGUCUGAUGAUUUUUCCAUCCAAAAAAAAGCAGCCAUUUUUUUUUUGGCUGAUGCACCCCGGCCGUUUCCUGUUCAAAUAUUGUUCAUCUACUCUCAAUAAGUUUGAGGAUUAAGCCAAGAAUGGUAGAAUAUUUGUACAUCAUGAUUGGCUGUCAGUGAAAAUUUAUGUUGACCUAUUUCUGGCAUUCGUCUUUCUGUCAUUUUGAUCCACCGUUUUAGCUUUAAUAAAGUUAUUCCUCAUUGCUCUUA